AUGACGUCGAGAUCGGCGGAGGCAUCUCACUCUAGGCCAAACCCGGUUAGACCAAACCAGCCCCCAGAUCUAGGUACACACGUGACUGAUCGGUAUAAACAACAGUCGAUUCAACGCGAUGCUGAUCUUCGCUCGUCAACGCCGCGCGUCUUCCCCAGUUCUGGAUGGGAUAAUAUUGACCCUUCCUGCUUGAUUGAGGAAGAGAACAUUCCCACUUACAAACCGGAAAGAUUCUAUCCAGCUCAUAUUGGUGAGAUCUUGAAUCGCCGAUACCAGAUAGUGGGCAAGCUAGGAUAUGGAUCUAGUGCGACGGUGUGGCUUUGUCGGGAUAUAUGGGGCGACUGUUUUAUAACGUUAAAAAUAUACGCCGCGCUGACCUCACCGACUCGAGAGAUUGAGGUGUAUAAACAUCUAAGCACCAUUCAGUCCGACCACGCGGGGCAGUCAUGUCUACGUCCGUUAACAGAUAUCUUCCACACCAGGAAUCCAGAUGGCCAUAAAAUGCACACUUGCUUGGUGCACCCGCCUUUGGGGAUUAGUCUUGACCAGUGCCAUGACCUCCAACCGAAUAAUAUGCUGCUUGGUACCAAGGACAACUCGAUCUUAUCAAACUUCGAGCAGGCCGAAUUCGAUGCGCCAAUCCCGCGGAAGACACUCGAAGAUCGUACCAUUUACAUCACACGGCCCCUCCCCAUCUCCUUGGGGACGCCCGUUCUCUGCGAUUUGGGCGAGGCUAGAGUGGGCAUUGACCAGCAACGGGGUGAUAUCAUGCCUGAUGUUUAUCGCGCACCCGAGGUCAUCUUAGACAUGACUUGGGACUAUAAGGUUGAUAUCUGGAAUGUUGGAAUGGUGAUAUGGGACCUGAUGGAGCGUCACCACCUUUUCAAGGCUCGAAACCCUGAUCGCAGAUUAGAUGACGGCGUGCAUCUCGCCGAGAUGCACGCGCUCUUAGGGUGUCCUCCCCGCGAGUUCCUCUCACGAAGCGAGAAGAGCCUGCAAUUCUGGGAUGCAAAUGGGCAAUGGAAAGGUGCAGCUCCUUUCCCAGAUUAUAACCUCGAAACCAGGGAAGAAAAACUCCACGGUGAUGAAAAGUCAGACUUUCUUCGCUUUCUCCGACGGGCCCUAUGUUGGCUACCUGAAAAACGGGCCACUGCCAAAGAGCUUCUCUUUGAUCCUUGGAUGAUGCAUGGUCUCCGCCUCAAGAAGCCCGCGGAGGGUAAUCGCUAA